UUGUUUUCGUUGUUUUUCUUCUCUAGCAGUGUUUAUGGACUGUGCGUGCAUGAGUCAGAUGGCUGUAGUAGGGUUGUUGUUGUCCCUCUUACUGGCCAAUGGUUUUGCUCAGCCUCAGUUCAGAGGACGCUGGCCUCUCACAGAAGAACAAAAGCUGGCGGUAGUGCGUUAUAUUGCGCCUCCUGAGGGGAGAAUUGCCACUACACGUACCGUAACUGCUCAGUGUACUGACAGUGAUGUGAUUGUCGCCAUCAGCCCAGACUUGCUUGGUAUCCAAAAGCUGGUCCAGCCUUCUGAUCUUUCAAUGGGUGGGUGCGGUGUAUCCAGCCAGGUCGCUUCAACGUACUUUGUGAUUGAGGCUCCUCUGCAGGGUUGUGGAAGCACAGUAGAGAUGCUGGCUGGUGAAAUUGUGUACACUUUCACAAUUGAAUACAACCCUUCUCAGCUUGAUGGUCUUCCUAUCGUAAGAACAAAUCCUGCAGUGGUACAGAUUGAAUGCCAUUACACCAGGCAACACAAUGUAAGCAGCAAUCCUUUAAGCCCAACUUGGGUUCCAUAUGCCUCUACAAUAUCUGCUGAAGAUAUUCUGGGUUUCUCUCUCAUUGUAAUGAGCAGUGACUGGAGUGGGCCAAGUCUAUCCAACACCUUCUUCCUUGGAGACCUCAUUAACCUCCAAGCCUCUGUGGACACCACUAACCACGUGCCUCUGCGUAUCUUUGUGGACAACUGUGUGGCCACUCCUGGGUCCAAUGCAUCUGUCCCAGCUUACACAUUCAUUGGUAAUAAUGGGUGCUUCAUGGACAGCAAACUGACAGGCUCAAAUUCCCAGUUCAUGUCCCCCAGAAUUGCACAGUCUGUAAUUCAGUUUAAACUGGAUGCGUUCAGAUUUUAUGGCUUAACUACUAAUUCAAUAUUCAUCACUUGCCAUCUGAAGGUGACCUUGGCAUCGGGUAACAUUGAUUCUUUGAACAAGGAUUGCUCUUACAUCUCUGCUUUGAACCAGUGGAGUUCUGUGGAUGGGAAUGAUGUAUGUAGCUGCUGUGAUACAAACUGUGCCAGCCCCCUUCCUUUUAGGAGGGGCUCUGGGUCACAAAGACUCCGACCCAGGAGAGCAAGUAAAUGGGGUACACCAGCCGGAUGGGAGAAGACCAUUUCUGUGGGGCCGUUCUUUCUGGAGGCUAAAUCACCUUUAGCCUUGGCACACUCCUCUGCUUCCCUAGAUUCCACCUUCCAGGAUUCUGUGCUUGGAGCUCUUGUAGGGGUGCUGGCUGUCUCCUGUGUUGCUGUACUUCUGUUAGUAGUUUACAGGAAAGCAAAAAGAACAGUUUAUACAUUUAAUAAAAAGUAACUUCCUACA